AUGGUCAAUCUUUCUGAACUCGUAGUGGACUUUGAGGUGAAUCCGCAUGAUGAGUGUCCUGAAGUACUGCAGACCAUCAGCAUGGAGGUCGUGCAGCCUGGCAACUCAGGCGGUCGGAUAGCUUCUCUGGACGGGUUCAUCAUCUCUCGAGGACGCUGUGGCGAUGGUUUUCACUCAAUUCUGGACGAAGAAAGUGAUGAGCUGCACCGGUUCUCUGUAGCUCUGUUCGAUAAGUACGGCAAGGUCAAGUCUCACAUUGUCUCAGAGGGAUUUCGGAGUGGUACUCGCUGCUGGGGGAGGGAACUCAAUGUUGGAAAGAUUAUUUAUGUGGUCGAUGUUACCGUGCACAAGGAUCGACGACAAGGAAUUGGAUCGUUCGUCCUUCAGAAGCUAUUCGAGUCUGAGUACGUGCAAGACGAAGACAUCGUCAUAUCCUGGCCGGUAUCGAGAGAUGCUUCGAAUGACAUCCUGGUUGCCUUUUUCCGUAAAAACGGCUUUCGCCGGAUUGGACGUACAAAUUUCUUAGGCUACUCUCCCAAUCCAAACCACCCAUCUCAUCGUAUUCUACCCGGGAACGACGUCGAGUCUUUGGAAGACAAGUUUCCAGAAAGCCCCUCUAUCCCUUCCAACGAACUGAUAGCCCGCGGACUCGAUGUCAUUAAUGAGGAGCGCUGGAAGAAGUAUCCUCUCCACUAUGCUAUCGUCAACAAAGACAUGCCCGAUAUCACUACGGUCAUUCAGUCUUUCUACGACAAGGAUCCUGCAAGUAUUCACGUACCAGAUGACCGAGGUUUUCUCCCCGUUUUCGUUGCUGCGCGUGCACAAAAUGUUCACGCUCUCAACAAGCUCAUCGAACUCGGCGUCGCUGAAGACCUGAACAAUACCAACAAUGCCGAAGGAGUCACUCCCCUAGAGAGCGUGCUGGAUAGCAUGCAAUCAACCCGCGAAUUCUGCGAGGCCAUGCUCGGCACGUGGCCGGGUAAUUCGGAAAAGGACAUCAAAAUCGUUCGCAUACUGAAGACGGCGAUGGAACUUCCUGAAGAUAGUGAUGGUCAGCUUCCGUUUGGCUGCACAUGUGGACAGUGCUCCGGCGGCUGGCUCUCUCCUCGGAUGCGAUUUGCUUUGCAAGUUCAGGCUGCCUUCUAUAUGGACACUCUACCGAUGGACCUAAGCAGCUUCACGCGUGGCGAAGCGCUUGACGCCUCAGAAGAAAUGAUCGGAUGCGGGACGACGGCUUAUCUUCCACCGGCGCUUCAAAGAAACAUGUUCAAGUCCUUCUACAGGGGGUUCACGACCAUAUUCGAGGUCAUCUAUAAGAUCCUAAAGAACGACUCUCAAAUUCCGAAGCUCCAGGAUAUUGAACGCGACGCGGUAUUUGAGUGGGGUACUUCGUUUUACUUUUCCAAAGGUGGGAGGGUGGAGUAUGCUCUGGAUGCUGUCACAGCUAUUGCAAAGGAGCAGUCAAACUUGGGUGACGGGACGUUCUAUGAAACGUUUGGUGGGGAUGAGGGCUUUGUUCGGCUUCCCGAGUGUGUGAAUGAUGAAGAGUUUGAGAUGGUGAGAGUGAUGCUAGGAUUGGAUCCGAGGAAGUGUUGGGGUCCGUUCUAUUUGGACUAG